AUGGAUUUCCUUAACAAGCACUCUUCCUGUAUCUCCAAACUUUUCUCCUGUCCGUCCCAGUGGCAGCUCAAUGCCGCCCCGGGAUGGCAGGCAAUCGCAGCUUGGGCUCUCAUCGCAGCUGGUGGCUUUUUCGUCAUCUCCAGAGCCCUCCUGUUCGGUAGAGUCCUUCUGAGCCUAUUCGUGCUCCCCGGCAAAUCGCUACGCUCUUUCGGACCCAAGGGAAGCUGGGCCGUGGUGACCGGUGCCUCUGAUGGACUGGGCAAGGAAUUCGCUCUCCAACUGGCGCGCGCCGGAUACAACAUCGUUCUCGUCUCUCGCACCGCCUCGAAACUGGACACCCUCAGUGAUGAGCUCACCUCGAAAUACCCCUCCGUCCAGACCAAGGUCCUGGCGAUGGAUUUUGCCCGCAACCAAGACAGCGACUACCAGAAGCUCAAGGAGCUUAUCGGCGACCUCGACGUGGCCGUGCUCAUCAACAACGUGGGCAAGAGCCACGACAUGCCGGUGCCGUUCGCCUUGACUUCCGAGGAGGAAAUGACCGACAUUGUGACCAUCAACUGCAUGGGUACUCUGCGGGUCACCCAGCUGGUUGUGCCGGGUAUGAUGCAGCGCAGGCGGGGUCUGAUCCUGACCAUGGGCUCAUUCGGCGGUCUGCUUCCCACCCCUCUGCUCGCCACCUACUCGGGCAGCAAGGCCUUCCUGCAGCAGUGGUCGACGUCGCUGGGUUCCGAACUCGCCCCCUACGGUAUCACCGUCGAGCUUGUCCAAGCCUACCUCAUCACCUCGGCCAUGUCGAAGGUGCGUCGCACUAGUGCUCUGAUUCCCAAUCCCCGCGCGUUCGUCAAGUCCGUGUUGUCCAAGAUCGGCCGCAACGGCGGAUCCCCCGGUUAUGCGUACAGCUCUUCGCCGUACUGGAGUCACGGGCUCAUGGCUUGGUUCUUGACCUGCGUGACUGGCACGAUGGGCAAGCUCGUUGUGGGCCAGAACCGCAGCAUGCACGAGUCCAUUCGCAAGCGGGCUCUGCGUAAGGCCGAGCGCGAGAAGGGCAAGAAGAGCACUUAG